AUGGGAGACGGCCGGGCGCGGGAGCACAGCCAAUGGGAACCGGCGAGCGGAGGCGCGCUGCCCUUUAAGGAGCGACGGGGGCGCGGCGUCGGGGGAACCGAGCGCGUAGGGUGGCACAGCGUCCGGGCGUCGCGCCACCGUAUCCCUGCAGGCACGGCGCUUCGGGCAGUCCAGGGUCCUCGGCCCCGCAAGCCGUCCGCGGGGACCCCCCCGAGACACGCCCACCCCAUCGCGACCGCCCAGUGGUUGCCGACUGAUUUUGAAAAGGUGGCCGAAGACAUGAGGAAGCUGAAAACCAGGCCGGAUGAUGAGGAACUAAAAGAACCCUACAGGCUCUACAAACAAUCUGUAAUUGGAGAUGUAGAUACUGAGUGUCCAGGACUGUGAGAUCGAAAAGGCAAGACUAAGUGGGAAGCUUGGAACCUCAAGAAAGGAUUAUCGAAGGCAGAUGCCAUGAAUGCCUGUAUUUCUAAAGCAAAAGAGCUAAUAGAAAAAUAUGGAAUAUAG